AUGGGGAGCGUUAGCCACCACCGGCAGUCAAUCGACUUGUCCCACCACAUCAAUAGGAAGAGCAAGUCGCGGCACCCGUCACCGCUCAAGGAAAUUGUCCGGUUCAUGGGCGUUGAGGGCAUGGUCAGCCUGGCUGGAGGUCUGCCACAUCAGUCACUGUUUCCCAUUGAGCAAGCGACAAUCCAGACAUUACCGCCUGUCCCGUCCCUGUCCGCGGCGGGCGAGAUCCAACGUUCCGCGGACGAUGUCGUGAGCAUGACCCUGGGGCGAGGUUCUACCCCCGGCGACCUCGACCUCUCGUCAUUCUUGCAAUAUGGAAAUGGUGCUGGUAACAAACAUCUUCUCGAGAUAGUACGUACCAUCACCGACCGCGUCCACGCCCCACCAUGCCAGGACUACGAAGUGCUCCUGAAUGCGGGAAACACCAAUGCCUGGGCCAAGGUGGUCGACCUGCUGUGUGAGGAUGGUGACAUGGUACUUGUCGAGGAGUAUACAUAUCCCUCUGCGCAGGCCUACUCGACUCCGCUUGGCGUCAAGGCCGUCGCCGUUCCAUCAGAUGCCAACGGAAUUAGGGCAGACAAGCUCCGUGAAGUCCUGACGCAGUGGGAUGAGACGGAGCGUGGCUCGCGGAGACCUAGAAUCCUGUACAUGGUCACGGUGGGCUCAAACCCUACAGGAGUGACCAUCUCGGCUCAGCGCAGCAAGGAGAUCUACGAUGUCUGUGUUGAGUUUGACAUAAUCAUCGUCGAGGACGACCCUUACUAUUUCCUCCAAUAUUCAUCAUUCAAGCCGGAAACGUCGCAUAUCAUCGAGCCCAAGCUUGCCACAGAUGACUUCCUCCAGAGCCUUGCCCCCUCGAUUCUCUCCAUUGACACCCAAGGCCGCGUGAUCCGCCUAGAGUCCUUCUCCAAGACCAUCUUCCCCGGCUUGCGUCUUGGCUACUUCGUCGCGAACCCAGUCUUCAUCGAGCGCCUCCACCGUGCCGCCGAGGUCGACACUCAGGACCCAGCUGGCCUGUCGCAGGCAUUCGCUCUCGCGCUUCUCCAGAAGUGGGGGAUCGACGGCUACCUGGACUGGAUGCAGACACUGCGCACGCAGUACCGUGUCCGGCGCGACUGGCUGCUGGCCGCUUUCUGUCAAUCCUUUGACGCCGUGCUGCCCGCCGCCGAGUCGCCACUGCCAGACGCCCAGGGAAGCGUGGUUUGUCUGCGCAAAGCGGACGGCCAGCUGGUGCCCGUAUUCAGCUUUGUCGAUCCGACGGCCGGCAUGUUUGUCUGGACCAAAUUCUACUUUGGUGGCGUGCCGCGGUUUGCAGAGUUGGCCAAAGAUGAGAAGGCGAGCGCGGACCCGGAGCGCGCAUUUGAGAAUGAGCUGUGGAUGGCAUGGGUGCAGGAGCUGGUUCUGCUGACAGCUGGGUCGUACUACCACCCCUGGCAAGGGAAGGACAAGGUCACGACCAAGGAACGCGGCGCACAGCCCGAGACGGCGAACUUCAGAUUCUCGUUCGCAACACCAUCGAAGGAGCAGAUCGAGCUUGGGGUUGAGCGAAUGAAAAAGGUUGUUUGCAAGUAUUGGCUGUAG